AUGCCCUACUCCCCGCAGCCUCGGCGGCGGGCCCGCACGGCGGGAGAGAAUGCGACCGCUGCCACGCAGCCCGCCGUGCACCGGGCCCACAGCGCACCAGCGCCUCUCAGCGCUGGCCGGCUGAUUCAGGUCACCACCACUGCGAGCGAGGAGGACGCCGCGGGCGCGCCAAAGCUCGGCUUCCUGCCGCGCGUGAGCAUUCGGCUGGGCCUGCGCGCUGGCGGCGCUGAAGCUUCGGUGAGUGGCGAAGCGGCGCGCCGCUCCGUCAGCCUGGUCGUGAAGCGGAGGCCGCGGCCAGGCAAGGUGGUUACCACGACCGUCUCAGUGGACCUGGCCGUCACGGGUGGUGCUGUUUGCGGCCCUCCUCGCACUCAUCGCCACGCGAGGCCGUACCACGGAGGCCUGGGGCUUGUGAGCGGAUAUGGCUGGCCGCAGCUCCUCUGCCUCGCUGACUCCCCACCGAGAGAGGAUGAGAUGCGCGCAGUCACCCCGCUGCUGCAGGUGCCCGUCUACACUGUUCGCAGUGAGGGGGCGGGGGUGCUGCGGUUGCGGCGAGAUACCGAUUACCUGUGGGCGCUGCAGAGCACGCUCAUUGGAAACGUCACAACAUGGCAACUGUUGCGCACAUUGUACCAGGGCUGUCUUGCGUACCUCCGCUUCCGCCCCGCUCUCCUUGCCUGGCUAGAACGGGCUCAGCAGCGCCGCGGUGACUACGAGGAGGGAGGAGUUGCACGUCUGCGUGAUCUUGAGGAGUAUGAGGCACACCAGCGGCUGGACGAGAGUACGAAGACUGCCGUCCAGUCUGUGCAACGCGCUGGUGAGGGGAAUGAUUGGCGGACCGACAGCCUCACUGGCGGCGCGCUGACGUACCACGGCCUGGCCGGGACGCCGACGAACUUCCUCUCCACCGCCCUGCAUUUUGGACACGUGGCGAUCGAACGGUGCGCAGGAAGCCCCUCUUCGUACACACGCUGA